AAAAGGUUCUCCUGUUUUAACAGAUGGGUACGAGAAAUCAGAAUGGCAUACUUGGCACUGGGAAACCGGAAAACGCAACAGGCACCGAACGCACCCCAAGGCAGUCUCUGGGGUCCCGCCUUCUCGCUGUUGCCUCCCCGCUUCUCCCCUCCCCUAGAAGGCGGUGCGACCUGCCUCCACUUCCCAAUGUUGGACCAGCCUUGGCACAUGGAAGGAGCGGCAGCUCUCCUGAUGCCAGCCAGCGAAGAGAGCGGUAGCCACAGGGGCAGGCUCCGGUUGGACGCUCUCGGCGCCUUUUUCGCUUCUCGCGCGGGACUCUGUCGGUGCCUGGACCCUGGGCUAUCCCCUCCGCUGUCCCAGGGGCUGCUGCCUGUCUUUUUCUCCGCUUCCUUUGUGUGCGUGAGGGAAGCUUAGGCGGUGGCAGCGGAGGAGGUGGAGUCGCUCGCUGCUUCGCUUGUCAAGGCUUAGCCGUUUAGGCGAAGGGAGGGGAAAAGGCGAGGGAAAAAUAACUGCUGGGGCGGCUCUAGUCACCGGGAAGCUUUUUAUUCCUCGGGCAGAGGGAAAGGAGCUGGACACAUCCAGGCACCCUGCCUUGGCCAGCUCCUCCUCCUCCUUGCCAAGCCUCAAAGGAACCCAAAUAAACCAGUUACAACAACACAUUAUUCGGACAAGGAACGAGCAAAGGCCAGGCAUCGCCUGCUGUUGUUGCUUUGCUCGACGCGGCUCCCGCACUUUGAAAUGGGUCGGGAGCGGCGGGGGCAGCCGAACAGCAGCAGAACCGCCUGGACUAGCCAUUAAGGAGGCCGAAGGGAAGAGGAUGGCCACAUCCAGCAACUCUAGUUUGUCUGGCUCCUCUGUUUCCUCGGAUGCUGAAGAAUAUCAACCACCAAUAUGGAAAUCAUACUUAUAUCAGUUGCAACAGGAAGCACCUCGUCCCAAGAGGAUCAUUUGUCCUCAUGAGGUGGAGAACAGACCAAAAUAUUAUGGAAGAGAAUUUCAUGGGAUCAUUUCUCGUGAGCAAGCCGAUGAAUUGCUUGGAGGAGUAGAGGGAGCAUAUAUUCUUAGAGAAAGUCAGCGACAACCUGGAUGCUACACUCUGGCCCUUAGAUUUGGGAAUCAGACCUUAAAUUACCGUCUUUUCUAUGAUGGAAAGCACUUUGUAGGGGAGAAGAGGUUUGAAUCAAUCCAUGAUUUGGUAACAGAUGGUUUAAUAACACUGUAUAUAGAGACCAAGGCUUCUGAAUAUAUUUCCAAAAUGACGACAAAUCCUAUUUAUGAGCACAUUGGAUAUGCUACUUUGCUUAGAGAAAAAGUAUCCCGUAGACUGAGUAGAUCAAAAACUGCAUCAAGAAAGGCUAGUGUAACGACAUGUGAAGAAAAUGCACCAGUUGAAAAGAUUACCUCCUUGAUCAGAAGAGCAGCACUGACCCAGAAUGACAACCAUUUCAACUAUGAAAAAGCACACAAUUUUAAGAUCCACACAUUCCGGGGUCCGCACUGGUGCGAAUACUGUGCCAAUUUCAUGUGGGGACUCAUUGCCCAGGGUGUAAGAUGUUCAGAUUGUGGAUUAAAUGUACACAAGCAAUGUUCAAAGUAUGUUCCCAAUGACUGCCAACCAGACCUUAAGAGAAUCAAGCGGGUCUAUUGCUGUGAUCUUACUACACUAGUCAAGGCCCACAAUGCACAGAGACCCAUGGUGGUGGACAUAUGCAUACGGGAAAUUGAAUCAAGAGGUUUGAAGUCAGAAGGCAUUUACAGAGUAUCAGGGUUCACUGAACACAUUGAAGAUGUCAAAAUGGCCUUUGAUCGAGAUGGUGACAAGGCAGAUGUGUCUGCUAAUAUAUAUCCUGACAUAAAUAUUAUUGCUGGCGCACUAAAGCUGUAUUUCAGAGAUUUACCAAUUCCUGUUAUCACUUAUGAUACUUACUCUAAGUUCAUAGAGGCAGCAAAAAUCUCCAAUGCUGAUGAAAGACUAGAAUCUAUCCAUGAAGUGUUAAUGUUACUUCCUGCUGCACAUUUUGAAACUCUUAGAUACCUGAUGAUUCAUCUUAAAAAGAUUACCAUGAAUGAAAAGGAAAACUUUAUGAAUGCUGAAAAUCUGGGAAUAGUGUUUGGACCUACUUUAAUGAGGCCCCCAGAAGAUAGCACUCUUGCUACACUCAAUGAUAUGCGGUACCAGAAGCUAAUUGUGCAGAUACUAAUAGAGAAUGAAGAUGUUUUGUUUUAGACAAACAAAGCUCUAAAUUUAUAACCAUCUGCAAUGAAAUUUAAAUUCAAAUAAAUCCUCAUGAAAAGAAUCGUG